CUCUCUCUCUCUCUCUCUCUCUCUGUCUCUCGCGCGCGAAAUUUAUGGAUUUUCACACGGAUUCCGCUGACCGAUCCGAUCACGAGCACCUUUCGUCCCGCUUCGUUUCUCCCGGUCUCUCUCGGUCUCCGCUUGUUUUUUCCCCUCUUUCCUCGUUCCCGUUCUUCUUUUUGGGCCCCCGUCGUCGACGUGCUUUGCCACGCAUCGUAUUUUCACGCACGCACGCGGAGGCUGCAUUUAUUAAAAGCGAUACAUUAUGAUUCAAAGAUCAUAUCUUCGAUUCGUCUAGACGGUGGAGAGGGAGACACCCUAUAAAGUCGUACGUGGCUGCCCCUGAAACAAGCAGCCGAAUACAAGGUGCCUCCUCGAUCAUUCCUUCGCGCCUCCUCCGCGCCUCCGUUUCCUUCAUUCGUGGCCCCGCGAGCCGCCUUCAUCAUCCCACAGGGUUCGCUUUCAUACGUUCCGAAUAUACGUCGAACCGCGCGUUCAAUUCGCUCCGCCGAUCCUGCAACAAAUUUCGACUUACUUAUGCGGCGCAAAGAUCCAGAAAAUUAGCCUCUCCUUACUCCACUUUUGUUGUGCGCCUCGACGAUUGGAAACGAGUGGAGGAAACGAGUGGAGCCGUUGAAAAAUUGAGACAGAGAGAGAGAGGGGGAAUCGGAUCGAAAAAAGAAAGAAAAAAAAGAAAGAAAGAAAGAAGGAAGGAAAAGAAAGUGGAAGAAGAAGAAGAAGAAGCGGGUGCGAUAAAGCGUCAGAGCGGAGAGAGAGAAAAGGCGGUCGUCCGCGGGAUUUCGGCGAGCGAGGGAAAGGGAUUGCCACACGCGCGCGGCGGGUGGAGCGAGAGGGACAGACUUGCCGAGAGAAAGAGAAAGGAGACGAAGGAGAAGAAGGAAAAAAAAAAAAACGAAUGAUCGUAGUAACACCGGCGCGUCUCCUCUCGCGGCUUCGUGCUUGUCUCGGAAUUAGUGAGUAGACAGAAUUAUGUCCGUGAGCAGGCCAGCUCGGCUCAGUUGAGACUUACUGCUCAGCCCGUGCACACGCAUGCCACGAAUCUUUCCUACUUACAUAUAUACCGCGGCUUCCUGAUGCGAUUAGACUAGUCCGCGAUCACCCGCCACUCCGUAUCACGGACCAGUUUGUUUAACACUUCUUCCUCGUAACGCGGACACAACCGCAACCGCGUCUUUCCGUUCAAUUGGUUCCGUUCUUUGGCCUCAUCGUCGUUCUCUGGGUCACUAGUUUUUCCGACAGAAAAAAACCUUUCGGCAGGUUUUGCGACGCGCGUUUUUCUCGCCGAACUCCAUUUCCAUUUCCAUUAUCAAUCAUCCCCCGAUCAAUCGUUAAUUCCUCUCUUCUUCGAGGGGGAGGGGGUUGUAAAAAAUCCCUCGUCGCUCGCUAAAUAUGGAGGCGUCCAUUGGGUGACGAUAAACGUGGUGGCAGCAUUUGUCGCACGAGCAAAGUGGUGCCAUUCUUAUCUUAUCCGCGAGAGAAAGAAAAUUUGGCAAGACAGAAAAGAAGGAGAACGAGGUGAGAGUUUCCCCGCCGCCUCUCCCGCCCAUCUGCCCUGCCCCCCCUCCCUCCCCCCUCCGCCUUUCGCGAGAAAAUCUCCUAGUUUUUCCUAGUCGUCGACGUCAUGGAGUUGUUCGAGUUGUUCGUGCUGCUGUUGGUCGUCUCGACCAUGAACAGUGUAUCGUGCCACCAUCAUCAUCGCGGUGUCCACGGUGUGGACGUGGAUAAGAAGAAGGACCGUGAUACGAUGGACCACGCGAAAAGGUACACGGCCAGUGACAAUGAUAAUAAUAAUGAUAAUAAGAACGUGGUGUUGCCCGAGGGCGAGAAGCAGGGCAGGGGGCUGCCGAAGGGCGAGGAAAUGAGACGCACGGCCCCUUUCAGCGAGAGGAGGUUGGAGAAGAUGCUGGAGAAAGCUAUCUUGAAAAUAAUCACCGGUGAUCUUAGCACGGGCGAUAUGCUUCUAUUGAAGAGUCUGAAUUAUAGUUUGGAGGAGGUUCUUGCGAUUCGCGAGAGGGAAUUGAGCAAGAAGAGGGACGAGCAAGAAUCGAGGAAGAAGAAGGAGGGCGCGAGAUCUUGGACGAAGGUGUUGUCGUACGGAGGGGACGGGGAAAGGAAGGUUAAGAAUUGGAAUAAAAAAUCCACGGAUCGCCCCUUUUCGAGAAAUCCUGAUUCCGAGGUGAACGGUAAACGUGAAGGUAAGAGGAGCCGGCAUGCGGACGGAUCACCCUCCUACAAGGAUUUUGACUUCGAGGCGUACAAUCGACAGGCGAUCCUCGAUUACGAGAAUCUUCCGUCCAACGUGGAAUUUCAGCAAUCUUGGUCGGAAGCUGUCGAUUACGAAGAGGUUACCAAAGCUUCGAAAGAGGAAGAUAUCGCGAACAAUCUUCACAGAGAUUUUGACAGGGUGAUGGAGCCUCACGUGGUGUUCAAGAUUCGAUACGACGAUUCCGAAUUCGAUUCCGGCUCGAGUUCGGACGAGACGAGUAAAAAUCGCUCUAGGACGUCCAAACAUCGUCCCGAUUCUUCCACAACUACGAGACACACGACUUUGAGAAAUGCCGGUAAUCCCUUUCAUGCAUCGCCAUCACCGCCAUCGAUGUCUUCAACUACUACUGCUACUCUACCUCUGGUUUAUCAAUUGAGCAGCAUCAAUGUUAGGAGUAACUAUCUAAGUAACGAUUAUUCUACUACAGCCGCAUCAAGUAGUAGAGCAAAUACUAAUACCACGGAAAGUACGGUGCCAGAUGAAACUUCAAACGGCAAGAAUGAAACGAAUAUCGACGUUCGAGUUAUCAAUUCUACCGAUAACAAAGUAUCAAUCUUGAAAAAUGAAGGGAAAAGUAAUGAAAAUAAAAAGAUUAGCGAGUACGAAGGGCUGGAAUGGGUCGAAGACGAUGUUUACAGAGUACUGCCCGAGUUCGUGGAUUCCCUUAGUUUCGAGAACACGGAGGAGAACGAGACAUCCGACUAUGAAGACUCUAGUCACGAUUCCCGACUAAAUUGGAACACGGAGGAGAACGAAAACAGCACGUUAGGGUAUUUGAACGACACUCCCGAUUCUGUCAAGCUCUUCGUAUCUAACAAUAACAUUUCUGCCGGCAAUCUUCCUUUGGCGAAUCUAUCGUCGUAUCUACAAGUGGCUAUUGCCCAUCGACGAGGAGGAAACCUAACCUCAAGCUUCGACAGCCAAGGUGAAAAAGCCAUCGAGGAUAUCAAAACACGAGUUUUAGCACUGACGGGAAGAUUCAACCUCAGCACUGAUGCUAAUCAAAUACAACGAGAAAGAUUGACAAUGUUUUCGCCAACUUGUCAAAUUCCACGUAACACAGAUCAAGAUGCUUGGACGGAUUCAUUCUCUAUGAAUAUGCAUUUUCAAUUGAACUUGACUUCCAGCGAUCAUGUGAUAGCUGCCAAAUUACGGAUAUUUAAAUUACCGCAAGAAAAUGUAACGUUCUCUUCAGAAAGUACGUUUGACGAUGAAGAAGAAGACGAAAAAAAGAUUAGAAUAUCGGUCUAUUAUUACACGAAAACUUUGAAGAGGCAUCGAUCGAAGAAACGUUUGAUGGAUUCGGUAGUGACACCCCUCACGUUUAAAGGUACUCAUUUAGCGUUAGAUGUUAGACAAGGUCUUCGAUUCUGGAGAUUGAAUCCACGAAACUCUCAUGGAAGCGGAAGUAAUCACGGCCUGGUAAUCCAAGUUGAAGAUCAAGAUGGCAGGCCAUUGAAACCGGCUCUAUAUAUUCAGCAACCGUCUUGCGUGGAUCAGGAUUCAGAUCAGAAGGCAUACCAGCGAGUACCUGCACUCUUCAUACGAGCCUGUACUCGUUACGUUCGUAUCGUAAACGGCAAAACGGAGACAUACGUCAAUUGCAGGCAUUAAAAUGGAAGAAAAAUAUUUAGAUGUUAUAAGAAAGUAGUAAAUUAUUGUAUUUUAUGUUAUAAAAAAUGAUAACUCUUUUUAUGAAGAACAGGGAAUACCGUCCUUUAACUAUCACUCGAUUCAAACUGCACUAACAGAAGCAUAAGAUGCAUUUUUAUGAAAAAAGUAACUAUAAUACAAAAUAUGUCUAAGUCGAACAAAGAUAUUUUUUUUUGAAUUCGUUAAAAAAAUGAUUUUUUUUAUUGCUAUUUUUGAAUAAUUAAUUAGAUUGAACUCAUUAACGAAUUCAACAAAAUUUUCUAAAUUUUUUAUAUAAAAUCAUGUUGAUGACAUUCUAGUAAUUUUUAUUAUUCUAUGCGCACAAAAAUAGAUCUUACAUGAAAACAAUAGGCAAAUGCCCCCACUGCGUCAAAAUUAAUUUAAGAUGGAGUAAAAAACGCGCGAAAAUUAUAAUAGUUGUAAAUGUUUAAAAAAGUACGUACAAUCCCAGUAAAAGUUCUUUUAUAGACUAUUCUUAAUUAAAAGAAAAAUUAUUAACUUAAAAAUGUAGCACCGUAUUAUUUAAAUGGUAAGUUAUUUUAUUGUUUUGUAUUGUUUUCUGUAAUUGCGUUCCGAAACUGGCUUCUAUGCCAACAUGUGUCUUUUUUCGGAUACUAAUAGAUUUAAGUUUUUAGUAUGAUUUAGUUAUGAUGUACAUACCAGUGAAAUCGAAUCAAUAGAUUGAUAAUAAUUAGACUAUUCGUUAGAUUAAUAAAAAUAUUUUUGGCUUGUAUGCAGAUGUGUAUGCAAUGUAAUGCACAUGCAUACAGUCAUGCUCACGACUGAUGCAACCAAAUGUAAGAGCUUAGAGAUAGAUAUUUAUAUUUUAUGUUAAUUAAGCAAUGUAAAAGCUUAUAGAGUUUUUUUUAUUAUAUCUUGAGUGAGACCAUAAGUAAAACAUUAAAUUUUGUGUGUAGUACAAAAACAAAGUACUUCAGCUAUUUUAUUUCAAAUUCUAAUGGUCCAUUCAAAAGAUUGCUACUUACUAUUAUAAUAUGUUGUUGUUUGAUAAAAUAAACAACAUAUUCUUACAAAUUUUACAUAAUUUUUGUAUAUAAUGUAUAUUUAAUUACCUGGUUGUGCAAAAAUAAAUGAUUUGAUGUCAAUACUUAUAAUGCUUUUGUAUUAAAUGCAUUCUAAGUUUGACCCUUACAUUUUAUAAUGAAGUUUAUAUCAUUUUGUAUAUUUUUUUUUAUAUUCUCUGUUAAAUAAGAGCAAACUAUUUUAUACAUCUAUAAUUUUACUCAGAGAUCAUGUACGGAUAAAAUAAUAUCAAAUGUAAUAUUUGCAUCUUAUUAAUCACUUAUAUAUCUUUGAAAUAAUUUUAUACAUUUUUUCAUAAUCUCUCGUUCUUUCUCUCUAUAUAUAUUUCUCUCUAUAUAUAUUUCUCUCUAUCUGUAUAUGUAUAUAUUUAUUAUUUCAUUCUAAUAUAAAUUUGGCUUUUUAAAUUAUUUUUAAUUUUAAUUUUAAAUCUUUUUAUCAUACAUAAUAUUUUGUGUUAUUUUACUUAUUGGGAUUUAUACAAUGGUUAAGUAAAUUUUUUAAUUAUUGUCUUAAUUAUUAAUGUGGACCACAUUCUCUGUACAAAAAUGAUUUUUUUUAUUAAAAAUGUUCAUUAGGAAAAGUACAUUUAACAUUUACAAAAGAAUCCAUAAUUGGACUAUUUUUUCAGAAGAAAGCAGAAAAAAUUAUCGAUAAUAAUAUUUUUUAUAGUUGAUUCAUGCUUAUGUGCCUUGUUAUUUUGUUGUUUUGUUGCAAUUAACAAAAUCACUUUGAUAAAGCAUAUGAAAUAAUAUAUUUAUAUCAAAAACUAUAAAUUUAUUUUGAUUCAUAAUUUGAAAUGCAUUAAAAAAUCCAAGUAUAAUAAAUAAGUAUGAGCGUAAAGUAUAAAAUGAAUGAUCAUAAUUUAAUAUAUUAUUUUUCAUAAUAAUUUGUUUAUUAAGAAUAUUAAUAAUUCAUUCUGCUUUUUUAUUAAACAAAUUAAUUGCAUCAAUGUAUUCUUUUCUUAAAUACAUGAUUUCUGUCAUUAAUAUCUUUUUUAUAACUUCUUCAAAUGCUUUCAUACUUUAUAAUCUUAUAUUCAACAUUAUUAAUUUAAAUCCAAUAAAAAGGGAAAAAA